AUGGCUUCUCCGAAAGGUUUUCUCAGCUGCUGCUCAGCUUGGACCCUGGCUUCGUGUUCCCUCUUUCUCUUCCUCCUCGUGCUGACAUCUCAAGGAGCGGUCGUGCCUCUCCGUGACCGAUGCAGACUGAAGAACAGCGACUUUGAAGUGUCCUUUAUCAACCAGCGCAUCUUAAAUCUUUCUAAGAAGGCAAGUGACCAGGACACCAUCACGGACAUCAGGCUCAUCAACAGCACCUUUCCCCAAGACGUCCAGGUAGGAGAUCGCUGCUACCUGAUGAAGCAGAUUCUGAACUUCACCCUGGAGGUGGUGAUUCCUCCUCAGUACACCCAGCUCAUGCCAUUUAUCCAAGAUGUGGAAUCCUUCUUCAGCGAUCUCCACCGCAAGCUGCGCUACUGUAAUACCGUUAGCGGCGGACAGCACGUUGAGAGCCAUGUUGAAACCCUGAAGAAGACUGUGACCAAGCUCGGCAAGAAAGGAAUGAACAAAGUGAUCGGCGAGCUCAAUUUGCUCUUCAUGGCCCUAAAGCACGCCUGCGUUUGACCCGAGAGGAACGGAAAACUCUCGGAAAGGGGAAAUCAUCGUAUCGGGUUGGAACCGUCUCUUGGCCGAAAGCAGUUGUAGUUCUAGAUUGUAAGCUCCUUGCCGGCAGGGAUCGUGCCUCCCUAUUCUAGCUUAUUCCCCCCAAGCUGUCAGUCCAGUGUGCUCUGCAUACAUUAAGCGCUUCGUAAAUACUGUGAAUUGACUGAGUGAAAUUCCAACCUUAGCAGCAGGUUUCGCCAGAGUCCAGCUUGAAGAGACAAACACAACUUCAGUUCCCUGGGUUUGAGGAGCAACUGAAAGGACUUUCUCAGCUAGGCUUGAUCUGGAACUAAAACUCCAUUUGGUCACCCUUGUGGCAGAAAAUCAUCACCUGCAAAAGCCCUAAAGCAUUAAACAAUUCCUGCUUAAUUAGGAUCCAAAACGCUUUCGUCCACAUUUAGCAUUUUGUAUUUAUUAACUUAUUUUAAGGCAGAAUUCUAUUUUUUUUAAUUUAUUCAGUUUGAUUCUGUGGAUCUAUUUAUACAUCUCUUGUCAAAUGCUGUAACCAGAAUUCAGGCUCUGAGUGCUAUUGUGAUAUUUAUAACUAUGUAACU